UCGUGCGAUUUGACGCCAGCGUGCCUCGCUAGUGUUGUUGUCCCAAGAUAGUGGUGUUGAGGUGAUUGAAUAGCCUGAGAACAUUUACGGAGUUAACGGUAUUUCCAUCGCUCUCCCAUUCUGUACUUAUUUUUCUUAUUAUUUGAUAGUUAGUUCAAUAAAAAGAAAGCUUAGGAUGGUAAUAUGACACAGGGGAAGAAGAAGAAGCGGGUAAACCGUAGUAUUAUGCUGGCGAAGAAGAUCAUUAUCAAGGAUGGAGGCACGCCACAAGGAAUAGGAGCACCCAGUGUGUACCAUGCAGUGAUUGUCAUCUUCUUGGAGUUUUUUGCAUGGGGUCUUCUGACAGCACCCACGCUGGUGGUUUUGCAUGAGACAUUCCCGAAGCAUACAUUUUUGAUGAAUGGCUUAAUCCAAGGAGUAAAGGGGUUGUUAUCAUUCCUGAGCGCUCCCCUAAUCGGAGCCCUUUCAGAUGUGUGGGGAAGGAAGUCUUUUCUGCUGCUAACAGUGUUCUUCACCUGUGCACCCAUUCCACUUAUGAAGAUAAGCCCUUGGUGGUAUUUUGCCGUUAUUUCAGUGUCUGGAGUUUUUGCAGUGACCUUCUCUGUGGUGUUUGCAUAUGUAGCUGACAUAACCCAGGAACAUGAAAGGAGUAUGGCCUAUGGACUGGUAUCUGCCACUUUUGCCGCCAGUCUGGUGACAAGCCCAGCUAUCGGUGCCUACCUUGGCAGAGUAUAUGGGGACAGCCUGGUGGUAGUGCUGGCCACAGCCAUAGCGCUGCUGGAUAUCUGCUUCAUCCUAGUGGCUGUCCCAGAAUCCCUGCCGGAGAAAAUGAGGCCGGCAUCGUGGGGAGCCCCGAUCUCCUGGGAACAGGCUGAUCCAUUCGCAUCUCUUAAAAAAGUGGGUCAGGAUUCAACAGUGCUGCUGAUCUGCAUAACCGUGUUCCUUUCCUACCUCCCUGAAGCAGGCCAGUACUCCAGCUUCUUUCUGUAUCUCAGACAGAUCAUGAGGUUUUCACCAGAAAGUGUUACUGAUUUUAUAGCAGUCUUGGGCUUACUCUCUAUCGUUGCACAAACUGUAGUGCUGAGUUUGCUGAUGCGCUCCAUUGGGAACAAGAACACUAUUUUACUGGGUUUGGGAUUCCAGAUCCUACAGCUUGCCUGGUAUGGCUUUGGAUCUGAACCCUGGAUGAUGUGGGCAGCAGGAGCCGUUGCAGCAAUGUCUAGCAUUACCUUCCCUGCAGUCAGUGCUUUGGUGUCAAGGACAGCAGACCCGGAUCAGCAAGGUGUCGUCCAAGGAAUGAUCACUGGAAUUCGAGGGCUUUGCAAUGGCCUGGGACCGGCACUCUAUGGGUUUAUUUUCUAUAUCUUUCAUGUAGAACUUGAUGAACUACCAGCGAGUGGUCAAAGUUUAGGGGGCAGUGUGUCUGUACCGCACCAGAAUACACUUGAUCGGCAGCCCUCCCCCCAGAGUUCAAUUAUCCCUGGCCCUCCCUUCCUCUUUGGAGCAUGUUCUGUGCUGCUGGCUCUGCUUGUUGCCUUGUUUAUUCCUGAACACACAAAUAUGGCAGUAAGAAGCAGCAACUGGAAGAAGCACUUGGCAAACCACGGCCACCCUCACAGUCUACCGGUGCCUGGAGAUGCUAAAGAACCUUUAUUACAGGACCCAAAUGUAUGAUGUCAUUUAUAGCCUGUUUAAUAGUAAAAGCAGAUGGGGAUUCACAUUCCUCUUUUUAUCUAUUUAUGAAGAUAUCAGACAUGUACAUUUCAAAUUAGUGUUAGGCGUUUGAAUAAAUUGUACCAUUUGUAAAGAGAUCAGUCCAAAGGCACUAUUUGCAAUAGUUUUAUUUAUUUGAUUUUUGGUUCUGGAGGAAGUUAAAGUUAUUUGGUUUUAAAUUCUAUAUUGGCAUGGCUUAUUGUAGUACUUGUGCCAUGUAGAACUGGAAUGUUACUAAACACAGUGUGUUUGUUUCAAUCAUUCUGCUUUGAUGAGAAGUGGGGGGGAAAAAUUAAUAAAACAAAAAACACAAAAGCAAUUCCUUGGCAAACCCAAUUAUUUCCUAGAGUAAAACUGUAUGCAUACCCAAACGUAAUAAAAAGAUAGUGUGGAUAACUUGCAUAAUUAUAUAGUAUCUUGACUUUAUUGAUGAAAAGCCUUAAUAAAUAAUCGUUCUUAAAGUCAAGUUGGGACCUCAUUAAAGUUGAAAAGUUGAAUGAACUUGGUACUACUAAAAAUCUUUUUUUUUUUUUUUUUUUUAAGUCGCACUCCAGAGGCAGACUGCCUCAUUUAUUCGUACAUCUCUAUGCGUGAGGCGGCAACCUGUCUGUGUGUGUGUGUGUAUGUGUAUGUGUGUAUAUAUAUAUAUAUAUAUAUAUAUAUAUAUAUAUAUAUAUAUAUAUAUAUGCGUAUAACAAUCCAUCAGUGGAUUUCAAGUAAAGCUAUGUGAAGAAGUAUUGACAUGUGAAGAAGUAUUGACAGGCAAAAUAAACAUUUGUUAACAUACAAUAGUACUUUGCAAGUUUUUUUUUUUUUGCACUGUUACAAAUGCAGUAUUAACAAUUUAAUGUUGCCUGUAGUAGCAAGUUUAUGAACUAGAAAGUUUUAAUGUUGUGCAGCUCUGCCUUUUAAACACAACCACAUAAUGUUGACUUAUAAUGGACCUCAAACUUGUCUUAUUAAACUAAAUCUAUAGCCUUGAAGUGUAAGAUCUUUGUUUUUAUAGUGGCCUUCAGUAAGUGUUCUGAUUGUCACACAUAAAAACAGAUGCUAAUCUACCAAAUAACUGAUCACAUAUAUGAAAAGAUAAAACAGGUGUUAAUUUCUCUGAAAUUGUAUAUUUGAGUGCUCUUGUAAUAUUUGAAUGAUUUUGUUUAAGAUAUGAUUAGUGUAUAAAGUACUGUACGCUUAAACAGCUUUUCAUCAUGUUCUGUGGUUGUUAUAUUGUUUUAUGCCAUGUUUUAUUUUCAACUUUGAACAGAAGCUGUUGACAAAAUCCUAAAAGUUGUAAAUAUUAAAAAGGUUAAGUUCAAUAAAGUGAUAUUUUAUUGUACUGUGA